CUAAAACCAAACGGACGGAAGGACGCAGGGUUCAGUAUACCAACCUCCCAUGUUCAUGCCUGAAUUCGACAACUCCUUGCUAGUUUUUGGUUGUUUGUUUGUCUAUCUAUGAAUGCCCGGUCACUGGCUCUGCACCUGGCAGGACCAUGUCCAUCAAUGACCGCCGCGCCAGCCACAUGAACGCACCACGACCCCGCGUUGCAUCUGGUCGCGUUGUCGGCGAUGCUGAAAAGCUCGGUCUACGCGGCGGCACAGCUUCCCCAUUACAAGCAGAAAACAUGGAUCAUCGCGGGAGCACGUCGACACAGAAGAGCAAGGUGCCCCGAGAUCACAUCACGAGCGAAAAGCGAACCGAACGCCUGACAGUUCAGACCAAAGAGAAAGUACAUGGCCGAUCCAGGAACCCGGUGAGGGAGUCGCCCAGCGCAGGAAAUAGAGGAGAAGGAGACAAGUCGCGCUCAAGGCGGGCGAACCCGCCUGAAGCUCUCAGUCCAAGCGUGAAGAAGAAGGAGAAGGAGGCAUCGGAUCUGCCUUGGAACCCGCACGCCUCGUUGAUGCCUCAUUCUACAGCACCAUUAGCUAGUCGCGUAUCCGUACCUCCGCUCGCUUCAUCUCUCCCUCAAUACCUUCAGCCGACCCCGUUGCGCGACCUUUCUACCGAUGCGCAGGAAAAUGCGAUUCUAGAAGACUUGUUGUUUGUGUUCAUGGGAUUCGAAGGGCAAUACCUCCAUUAUCAAGCCCAGUAUGAUCCAACGGCGGAAAAGGAGCGCUUGACUGGGCCGGCAUUCCAGCUACCGUCAGGGCUCGAUCCGACCUUGCGGGACCUCACCAGGUCUAUGCUGAAGAUGGCGACACAUUACAGUGCUUUGGAGGCUUUCGUCGAGGUCCAGAGUCGCGCAGAGUAUGGUGCAGUGAGCCACGCAUUAUGCGCCACAAUUCGGAAACUGUUAAAGGAUUAUUUGAUCCUUGUCGCCCAGCUUGAGACACAACUCCUAAACAAUCCUAACUUCACCCUUCACGUACUCCACCUCCACACCAUGCCGACUAGCCAAUGCCUAGCUCAACUAUACUCCUUAGGCCAAGAACUACUCAAACGAAACGGUCUCUUAGAUCAAGAUCUUGACGAAUCAAUAGACGACUUCGACGACGUUGAUAAUAUUCUUGAGCAAUUGCGAGAGGGGGGAGAUCUUAUUCCCGGUGCUAUGUCCAGCAAAAAGAUCUGUAAAGGAGGCAAUGUAUUGCGGCUUUUGACCGAACGGUUAGCAACAUUCUCUGGUGAUCCGACCACAAAGACACUACUAGAGACUCUUCUUCGGGAAUCUAGCAGGCCCUACAUGGCAAUGCUCAAUGAGUGGCUCCAUCAUGGCGGGAUCAAGGACCCUCACGCGGAAUUCCUCGUCAAGGAGCAGAAAUGGAUCAAACGCGAGAAGCUAGAGGAAGAUUACACGGAUGAAUACUGGGAAAAGCGAUAUACGAUUCGCGAUAACGAGGUUCCACCUCAGCUUGCCAGUGUACGAGACAAGGUCCUCCUAGCUGGAAAAUAUCUGAAUGUCGUCCGGGAGUGUGGAGGUGUUGAUGUUAGCAAAGCAGUCAAGGACGUACCCAAGACGUUUGAUGACCCUCGCUUCCUGGAGAACGUGAACGCCGCCUACACCUAUGCCAACGCCUCGCUGCUGAAUCUUCUCUUAACCAAAAACUCUCUUACUACUCGCUUCCGCUCCCUCAAACACUACUUUUUCCUGGAUCGAUCCGACUUCUUUUCCUAUUUCCUCGAACUUGGGGCGUCAGAGCUGCGCAAACCGGCGAAAAACGUCAACGAAAGCAAGUUGCAAUCACUUCUAGAUCUAGUACUACGCCAACCAGGCAGUAUCGCUGCACAAGACCCUUUCAAGGAAGACGUCAAAGUCCGAAUGAACAAGAUUGGACUCACCAAAUGGCUCAUGCAAGUUGUCAGCGUCUCUGGUAUCGACCAGGACAACCCCGAAGCUGCACUGGAGAAAUACCAGGCCCCACAAGCAGGCGGAGACGACGACAAGGACAUCAUCGGUUUCGAUGCCCUCGAACUCGACUAUUCCGUCCCCUUCCCGCUCUCCCUCGUCAUCAGCCGCAAGACCGUACUCCGUUACCAACUCAUCUUCCGACACCUGCUAUCCCUCCGCCAUCUCGAAACCAUGCUAUCAUCUGCCUGGCUGGACCAGACCAAGAUCCUCGGCUGGCGACACAAGUCAUCCGAUCGACGUCUCGAAUUGUGGAAGAGGCGCGCGUGGAACCUGCGCUCUAAGAUGCUCGUCUUUAUACAGCAGCUGCUCUAUUUUUGCACAGCGGAAGUUAUAGAGCCGAACUGGCAGAAACUCAUGGACCGCGUGAAUGGCACCGACGCAGACGGGUCGGAAGUCACAGUAAACGGCACGAAGCAAGUUAACCGGACAGUUGACGAACUCAUGCAAGAUCACGUCGAUUUCUUGGAUACGUGCCUGAAAGAGUGUAUGCUGACGCAGGCUAAGCUACUCAAGAUUCACUCCAAACUCCUAACCUGCUGCACCAUGUUCGCAUCCUGGACCGCCUCAUCCUUGGCUCGCGCCUUGACCUCGGCAGACCCAGAGCUGAGUGCAGACCCAGCCGUAGCCGACGGGCGAGCUUACGACCCUUCUCGAAUCGGAAAACUCGAAGAUACCCUGAAGCGGUAUGAAGACCACUUCGGUCGCCAUCUCCGGAUUCUCAUGGACAGCCUGAACUACUUUGCCGCCACUGAGAGUGUGGUCUUGUUGAAGCUGGCGCACGCUUUGAGCUCUAUUAGUAAGGAAGACUGAGGCCCGAUACCGACGCUGAGACCGAAACAGAAAUGAGCUCUGCAUCUUUCCAUCUACGCAGUGUAUACCGUUUAUAGGCCGCUCGCCACCACACACAUACCUCAGAUGCCCACAGUCGCACGCAAAAGUACAUGGCUCUCUUCACCCGGGUUCUGUUAGAAAACCCGGUCAGCUUUUUCAAGUCGUGUGUUCAGAGGCAUUGCAGACCCAGAAUAAUGCGUCAAAUGGUGCAACGGAUCCACGCGCGACAUAUAGUUCGAUGGCAGCGUUUCUGUCAGUCGAUUCUAACCCUUAGCCGAUAGUUGGAGAGGUUUGCGCACUCCGGAUUGCUUUAUCAACACGCGUCUCUGCAUCACAACGAAAGCACGGUAUUGAGUUGAGUUUGUGGGUGCGUGUGUAUAUUUCAAAAUGGAUAUACCUGAUUCUCUAAUGGCCGCGGAGUAUGCUAUCUGCAGGGUUCGGAUGGUGCGUUUCGGGAUUGUGCGCAAGAUUAUUGUCCUUGUGGUCGGUCAGGCAGUGCCUGUGGGGUAUAGAGAUGCCAGCCAGGCAAUCGACUGCAAUACUUCAGGUUCCCUCGUCCAUUUUAUCUGGCUGUCGAGCAAAAUAAUAGAAUAUAAUUUUCCGAAGUUACGAGUCCGGAUAGUGUCGGCUUCGGAUUACGUAAAUGGUAUUAUGGAUCACUGAUCGGUGUAUGGUCCAGCUUCCUGAGUGAGGCCAUCGUAAACAAUAGAAUGACGAGCCUCAGAAAUGAGAACGAUGGGCAUAAACUUGCGACGGACUGGAGUAUGCGCCCAUCGCGAGGAUCCAACGGCACCGACUCCAUUUCCCACGCGCGGGACCACACUAAGACUAACGGGCCGCACCUCCCAAAAAUGGGCUUUGCUUCCCGAAGCUGAACCAUGGCUCUGGGAUUUCUAAUCCCUACCAAAGACUAUGGACAUUGGACCACCAUUGCACCUUUUUAGCAUCGG